AUGUAUUCUAUUCCAAGUUUCUACGAAGUGGGGAACUGUUCAGAUUUUCUUCAGACAGAAAUGUCGAAUCUUGAAAAUCAAAACCUUAGUCCAAGAUCCAUGGCUGAAGCAAAAGCAGCUGCAGCAAACAAUAGCCACAAAGAAGCCGAAAGGAGAAGAAGAAAGCGAAUCAAUGCCCAUAUUGCCACCCUCAAAACUAUUCUUCCCAACACAAUCAAAACAGACAAGGCUUCAUUAUUAGCAGAAGCAGUGAGGCGUGUGAGGGAGUUAAAGAAGACAACUGCAGAAUUGGCAGCCAUUGAAGAAGAAGACACAGAUCAUGACAUCACCAACACAAAAUCGAAAUGCAUUUUCCCAAGUGAGACAGAUGAACUCAAAGUAAGUUACUGCGAUGACAAUUCGGGCCUGAUAAAGGCGAGUAUAUGCUGUGAGGACAGGCCCGAAAUCAUACUGGAGCUAAUCCAAGCCCUCAAAUCAGUAAAAGGGAAGGUAAUGAAGGCUGAAAUGGCAACAGUUGGAGGGAGAAUAAAAAGCAUUUUGUGGGUACAAAUUUUAGGGAGUGUUGGCAAUGAAGAUAGUUUGGGGACACUGAAGAAAGCUCUGAAAGUGGUCAUGGACAAGUCCACUUUGUUGGCUGGUUCGGGCCAGGCUUUGCCGGGAAACAAACGACCCCGUUACUAUCACUUCUGA